AUGCAGGAUCCUAUCAAUAUCUCAGAGAACAUAUCCGAUAAGGAGUUCGUUCGUUACAGAACAAACUUCGGAGUCAACCUAGGCGGAUGUUUUGUCCGUGAAAAAUGGAUGUUCAAAGACUCAAUGAUCGGGGAUGAACAUAACGGACCCAAGACUGAGCUCCAGGCUCUUAAAGAAGAAGUAGCACGGGACCGUGAUGGUGCUCGUGACUUCUUGGAGAACCACUGGCAAUCAUUUAUGAAUGAUGACGACUGGAAAUGGAUCCAGUCGAAGGGAAUGAACAGUGUCAGAGUGCCAAUUGGAUACUGGAACAUUGAUGGAGGCAAUUUCACCGGAGGCACCAAGUUUGCUGACUAUGCCGACAUUUACAGGAACUCAUGGCAGAUCUUCAAGUCUCACUUUAUCGAGGCAGCAGCAAGAUUUAAUAUCUCUGUUCUAGUGGACGUGCAUGCUUUACCCGGAGGCGCAAAUAAAGACAGUCAUAGUGGAGAAGAACACACUGCUGAUUUCUGGUCCGACGAAGGAAAGCAGGGCUCAAUGGUCGAGGCAGUUCGCUUCAUUGCCCGUGACUUGAAAGGUUACAGCAAUGUCAGUGGAAUUCAAGUGGUGAACGAGGCUUUUGACGUCAAACCUAAAGACAGUCUGUUCAGAUACUACGAGAGCGCUAUGAGGGCAAUUAGGGAAGAAGACGACUCAAUCCCAGUUGUCAUUUCAGAUGGAUGGUGGACCCCAAAUUUCACUAGUUGGAUCAAAAACAUUCAGGGAGAUGGCCAGAACUUUGGCUUCGUCUUAGAUGCGCAUUGCUACCGAAUGUUUAGCGAAGGAGAUCAGAAGAAGUCGGCCCAGCAAAUCACUGAUGAUCUUGAAGGAGACUUUGUGAACGGUCUUAUGCAAGGUCCUCAAGAUGAACAGGAAGUGGUUGAUCUCAUGCUCGGUGAGUAUUCUUGCGUUCUCAGUGAAGAAACUUGGCGGAAUUCCAACGUCAGCGAUAAGGACACAAACGAUCCAGGUAGAAAAGACUUGGCAGCCAGGUUCGGCCGAAAGCAAGUUGAACUCGCCUUGAAAAGAACGCCCGCUGCGAUCUAUUUUUGGAGCUAUAAGUUUCCUUACCCAUGGGGUGAAUGGGAUGCCAGAGUGGUAUUUGAUGGAUACAUCGGGACACCAUCAAUCUCUAUGCCCCAAGGUGGCCUCUUCGAAGAACUUCGCGACAACGCUUUCAAUGCGCAUGUCGACUAUUGGACGAAUGAAGGCCAUAAUUUUGAUUUCGAGAGAUACAAGCUAGGCUACGAAGCCGGAUGGUCCGACUGUUUUGGUUUUGCCGAACGCGGUGCCAUGCUUGGUCGCAGAAUCGCUCUUAAUUUUGCCAGAAAGCAGCAGCAUAUCCGUGAGAGAGGAGAUCAGGAUGUCUGGCAGUUUACUCAGGGCUAUAACAAGGCGACGAAAGACUUUGCAGAGAGGUGCUACAGAGUGUAA